AUGUUUUCACGUUCAGCUGGGGGUACCACAUCAACCUGCACCUACAAACCGUGAUAGCGUUUGUCUGCAGCCCUCCCCUCACUAUCUCUCCCCAUGUUUCACUCACUCCCUCUCUCCUAGUGAUGAAGACCUCCCAGCCAGAGGAGAAAGACAGUUGCGUGAGUGAUGAGGUCACUUCCUGGGUGUCGGUGUGUCCCAGGGGCUUGUGGGAGGUCCAUCGGAAGAGGACUCGAUGGGCAGAGCCAGUUGACAUGUCUGGUGAUGUCUUCCCUGGGAUUGGCUCUCUAUGUCGGAUCAGAGUUCAACACCAAGGAGACCCUGACACUGCCCUGGAGCAGUCACUCAACCCUGACCAGCCAGUCACAGCCCCAAAUGAAGCCCAGGUCCAACCCCUACAGCGCUCUCAAGGUUCCGUGCUGCAGGUCCCACUCGGUGAUUGGAUUGUUCUGAGGCUGGGGGAGGGGCAUUGUGACAUAAUAGAGGGGUGUAUUGAGGGCAUGAGAGCUGGAGAGAGGUGUGAGGUGCAGCUGAACCCUCUUACCGACCCACACAUAGCUUGCCCUGGAGAAGGAGAGGACCAGUCCAUGUCUGUCAUCGUGGACCUCCAGACUUUCUCUCCUGGGUUUGAGUCCUGGCAGCUGACCGCUGGGGAGAAGUGGAACUGGGUUAUGUCACUCAAAAAGAGGGGCGGGGAACGGUUCAGGGAUGGGGACGUGUGGGGGGCAGCAGACUGCUACAGCAGAGCCAUCCGACUUCUCAUCUCCCUAAAACUACACCCCUGGAGGGAGGCCCAUGGCUUGGCCAAGAUAGAGGAGGAGGAUGAAGAAGAGGAGAAUAAGGAGAAGUGUCCCUCAGCUCCAACUGAACGACAAUACUGCUGCACCAAGGCCUCUCUCCACUCCAACCUGUCCCUGUGUCAGAUGAAGCUGGGCCAGUAUUCACGGGCCAGAACCAGUGCAGCCAGAGCUACACUGCUUGAGCCCCAGGGAGAGAAGGCCUGGUACCGCCUGGGUCAGGCCAACCUGGAGGCAGGGGAGCUUGGGGAGGCAGCCAGGGCAUUCAGAAGAUUACUGGAGCUCCAGCCUGACUCUCCCUCUGCCUUGAAAGGACUCCGAGAGGUGGGGAGGAGGGAGAGAGAGACUGAUUCACAACUUGGACAGAGACUCAGUAAGAUGUUCAGCUCAAGAAAUUGGGGUAGGGAGAGAGGUUUGGAGGGUAGUGAGAAUGACCGCUACAAAUAAUACAGCCCAAUAGUACAAAAAAAAAAGUAAAUUUCUGCUCUUUGUAGAUACUGGUUGUGAUGUACAUCUCAUCGCAAUCCAGCACUUUAUCUGAGGAGCCAGUCAGCCAUCUUGUAUAUUUUGAUCUGAGGGUAAUUAGCCAUCUUGGAUGAACUCCUUUCACAAAGUAGACACUUGUCCUAGUCAUUUAUUCUUGGUGUAAUGUACAUAAAUCCCAAAUACUAUUUUGAUUUCCAUUGUGUGUAGGUCAAAUUUACAAAACUUCCUCCUCAGCCCUUUAUUUAGCUGGAGGGGAAACUACUUUGCUUAAUUGCAGUGUUGAUAUCACCCACAAUUCAAUGCAAACCGUGGUGACAUGUCUAAUUGCUGGUGAUAGCCAAUUUCACAUUUAAUCAACAGGACUACAUUUUUGUAGUUGUGUCAAACCUCAUGGUGAAACGCAUCAUGAAAUGUGUAGCUAAUUAGUAAACUCUGAUAAUCAGUCACCAUGGCUUGGGCAAGUGCACUUGCCAGUACACUUCGAUAUGAUGUAAAAUGUCAUUCAAGGGCCAAGGGGCUUUCUACUUUGAGUGUAGGGCUUGCAUUUUGUGACCUAUGGAUACAGUCAGACAUCUUGUGUUUUGUGACCUGUGGAUACAGUCAGACAUCUUGUGUUUUGUGACCUGUGGAUACAGUCAGACAUCUUGUGUUUUGUGACCUGUGGAUACAGUCAGACAUCUUGUGUUUUGUGACCUGUGGAUACCGUCAGACAUCUUGUGUUUUGUGACCUGUGGAUACAGUCAGACAUCUUGUGUUUUGUGACCUGUGGAUACAGUCAGACAUCUUGUGUUUUGUGACCUGUGGAUACAAUCAGACAUCUGGUGUUUUGUGACCUGUGGAUAUAGUCAGACAUCUGGUGUUUUGUGACCUACGGAUACAGUUAUCCGUUAUACUUCACUAACCAUGUUACAUACAAACAUUUUAUCUAAGCUCAUGUCCCACCUCUCCCAUUUUCUCAUUGGAUAACUCUCACCUCUCUCCUCUUCUCAUUGGAUAACUCCCACUUCUCUCUUAAUGGUUAACCCAAGUGUUCUACCCCAUGUGAGUCAUUGAAAGAUUAAGGAUGGAUUAUUCAAAAACUUUUCUUAAAUAAUCUUGGUUUUCUUUUUCAUCUGUGGAUAAAUCUCUGGAGUAGAGAUGCACAUGAUUUGUAUGUGCCUCCAAGGUAUCAACAUACAUCGUAAAAAAUGUCCUGAAGUUAGAGACUGUAAGUAUUUGGGCAGUGACACAAGGUUUCGUGUUUUGUCUCUUUUGUCCAGAACAUUGGAUUUGAAAUAAAACAAUGUCUAAGUGCA